AUGGACCGUAAAAUCUUGCCACCACAACAUCAAGUUUUCAUCAACUUCCGUGGAGAUGAGCUACGCAAGAACUUCAUUAGCCAUCUCGUGGAGGCUCUUCAAAGGAAUGAGAUAAAUGUCUUUACAGACAAGAAGGAGCAAAAAGGUGAAAAUAUAAGCAAUCUUUUCAAGAGGAUCGAAGAGUCCAAGAUCGCGGUAGCCGUGUUCUCAAAAAGGUAUACGGAAUCAAAAUGGUGUUUGGAUGAGCUUGUGAAGAUGAAAGAAUGUGCAGAUCUUGGUAACCUCAAGAUGACGUAUUGA